AUGUCCGCCCCAAACAACGUACGUGCCCUCUCUAAAGGUAUCCCUGUAUUAAGGCACUCUGCAGAAGGGCCUUUUAUGCUUCUGAUGUCAAUGGCUACAGGUCGCACCACCUUCGUCAACACUCUAUGCGGAAAGCAGGUUCUUCAGGGGAAGGAUGCCGAUGAUGCUCAAACCGCCCACCUCGAAGAAGGAGUUCGCAUAAAACCAGUCACUGUUGAACUAGAGCUCGACGAGGAAGGUACACGCAUUUCUCUCACCAUCGUCGACACCCCCGGAUUCGGUGACCAGAUCAACAACGAGGAGAGCUUCUCGGAAAUCGUUGGAUACCUCGAGCGCCAGUAUGAUGACAUUUUGGCCGAGGAGUCGAGAAUCAAGCGUAACCCAAGAUUCCGUGACAACCGUGUCCAUGCUCUCUUGUACUUCAUCACACCCACCGGCCACGGUCUCCGCGAGCUCGAUAUUGAGCUCAUGAAGCGCCUCUCUCCCCGUGUUAACGUCAUCCCUGUCAUUGGCAAGGCCGACUCCUUCACACCAGCUGAACUCGCCGAGUCAAAGAAGCUCAUCAUGGAGGAUAUUGAGCACUACCGUAUCCCCGUCUACAACUUCCCAUACGACAUCGAAGAGGAUGAUGAGGAUACAGUUCAAGAAAACGAGGAAUACAGAUCACUCAUGCCAUUCGCCAUUGUCGGCUCCGAGGACGUGCUCGAGAUCGGUGGCCGCAAGGUGCGAGCUAGACAGUACCCAUGGGGUGUCGUAGAAGUCGAGAACCAGCGCCACUCUGAUUUCCUCGCCGUUCGCAGCGCUCUCCUCCACAGCCAUUUGGCCGAUCUGAAGGAGAUUACCCAUGACUUCUUGUACGAGAACUACCGUACCGAGAAACUCAGCAAGAGCGUCGAAGGAGGUGCUUCUGCUUCUCACGAUUCUACUAUGAACCCUGAAGACCUGGCCUCUCAGUCUGUCCGCCUUAAGGAAGAGCAGCUCCGCCGAGAAGAAGAGAAACUCCGUGAAAUUGAGCUCAAGGUACAGCGUGAGAUUAACGAGAAACGGCAAGAGCUUCUAGCCCGUGAGAGCCAGCUGAGAGAAAUCGAGGCCCGAAUGCAGCGCGAGCAAGCUGCCCAGCAGAACCAGGACCCUAACGGAGAGGCGGCAUAA